AUGACCACAGCCAUAGUGACGACCACAACCAUAGUGCUGUGCAGUGUAUUAACGACAGCAAAGGCACUGAUCGACGCAGAUGACGUCAUCACUCGGGAUGAGCAGAUCUCCCUCCUGACCGAUGCAUGGCUGAAGUGCGAGAGAAGCAUCAAAGCUCAGCUGAAAGCCACACGAGGGGACGCAUGUUUGCCAGAGUGGGACGGUAUCAUCUGCUGGCCCCGAGCAAAGCCAGGCCAGCUGGUGGCUGUGCGGUGCCCCAACUACAUUUAUGACUUCAACCACCAAGGCCAAGCAUACCGUAACUGCGAUGCAUCAGGUAACUGGGAGCAGGUGUCUAGCAUCAAUCGCACCUGGGCCAAUUACACUGAGUGCACAACUUACUUACACUCCAACCAUGCCAGCCAUCAGGAGGAAGUGUUUCGGCGACUUCACCUGAUGUACACGGCGGGUUACUCCAUCUCUCUGGCCUCUCUACUGGUAGCUGUGUUCAUCCUCUGUUACUUCAAACGUCUACAUUGCACUCGUAACUACAUCCACACUCAUCUGUUUACUUCCUUCAUAUGUCGAGCAAUCAGCAUCUUUGUGAAAGAUGCUGUACUCUACACAGCCACAGAUGACAUCAAACCAGUGGAACCCAGGCCACAAAUGGCUGGCUGUAAGGUUGCUGUGACCUUCUUCCUGUAUUUCCUUGCAACCAAUCACUACUGGAUCUUGGUGGAAGGUCUCUACCUGCACAGUCUGAUCUUCAUGGCGUUCCUGUCUGAUAAGAAGUACCUGUGGGCCCUCACCAUUAUAGGUUGGGGUGUCCCUGCAAUGUUUGUAUCCAUUUGGGUUAGUGUUCGAGCCUCACUGGCUGACACACAAUGUUGGGAUAUAGGAGCGGGUAAUCUGAAGUGGAUCUAUCAAGUUCCAAUCCUGGCAGCCAUUGUUGUAAAUUUCUUUCUGUUCCUUAACAUCGUCCGAGUUUUAGCUUCUAAGUUGUGGGAGACUAAUACAGGCAAACUUGACCCUAGGCAGCAGUACAGGAAGCUGCUGAAGUCAACCCUGGUGCUAAUGCCUUUGUUUGGGGUUCACUAUAUGGUGUUCAUGGCUCUGCCCUACACGGAGGUUACUGGCCUGCUGUGGCAGGUGCAGAUGCACUAUGAGAUGUUCUUCAAUUCUUUGCAGGGCUUUUUUGUGGCUUUUAUCUACUGUUUCUGCAAUGGCGAGGUGCAGGCAGAGGUUAAAAAGGCAUGGCUAAGGCGGAGUCUCACCCAGGAUCUCAAACAAAAGUCUCGUGUCACCAGCAGCGCUGGGGGCGGAAGCUGUUACUAUGGCGGCAUGAUGUCACACACCACCACUCAGAGCAUUUAUAUAAACGUCAGUGGCACUAAGGCCUUGGCCCAUGCAGGUGGGACUUUGGGGGUCAGGAGUCCAUCCCAUCUUGCUUACUUGUCAGGAUGCACACCCAGUGACACUCAGACUACAUUACCCACAGUGCAGCACCAACAGCUGAUCUUGAGUCCAGCUGGCAGUAUGGAGGUGCUUUGUAGUCCAGGUGGGGAAAGCACAACUGGAUGUAGAGAGCAGAAAGACUCAUCUCUGUACAUCAUACCUGAAGAUCAUUCAUGCUUCGUUACUGUCAAAGAUUUGGAGACUAUUCUAUGA